AAUUUUGUGAUUUUUUCCCUGAAUUUUUAGCUUUUUAGUUUUCUUUUCUUUUUUUCGGGAAUUCAUAUGGUUUGGUAAGAGAAGUGUUUGAUCUUAUAAGGAUUUGGGUUCAGAAUUUGGUAUUUUGUGGUUUUUUAUGUGAAAAUUUUAAUUUGCUAAUGCAAAGUGAAUGUUCUUUUCUUGUGCUUUGAUUUCAGGUUUUUUUUUUUAGUAUUUUUGUGCUUUGUUGGUGCCUUCUUUAUGGUAUAUAAAGAUAAAGUUUUGAUUUUUGUUAAUUUCUGUAAUGAAAGUUGCUUGCUUUCAAGGUAGAGGUUGUUGAAUUUAGAAAAUCACUAAAAAUCGCCAUCUGGGCUUCUGAUUUUGUUACUUUUCUGUUCUUAUACCACAUGAUCGAAAAUCUGAGCUACUGUUAUGGUUUUAUUUGGUAUUUCUUUUAAGGAGAAUGAAAUUAAGGUUCAUGGUUUGGUCUUUAAAAGCAGGUAGCUUUUUAGUGCCAUGCAAUUAAGGGGUUGAUACUAUGAUGUUAUUAAGUUUCUGGUGUUUAGUAUCUUUACAACAUGUUGAUGCUAUAUGAUCAAGAAAGAUGUUGAUGUGGGGAUAGCUUUGUAGCUUCCAUCUCUAUUAUAUGUAGGCUCUUUCCUUGUCGUGAUGAAUCUUAGGAGGCUGAAGUUUUUGUUGCAUUGUUUUCUUUGUGCCUUUUGUGAGGAUUUAAAGGGCGAGUUGUGCUCCAAUGGCUUCAAAAGCCUUGGAUGUGGCAGAUGCAUGUCCAACUGAGGAUUUUAUUGCUGCAUUAUUAGAAUACCUGGUUGAUCCAAAACUACAAGGAAAAUCUUCUGCUAAGGGAGAUAUAUCACAAAUUGCCCAGGAAUCAAUCGCAAAACAGGUCCAUGCAGUUGUUUUACUGUACAACUACUACCACAGGAAACAAUAUCCACAGCUUGAGUUUUUAUGUUUUGAGAACUUCUGCAAGCUAGCUGUGGUUAUCAAACCUGCUUUAAUGGCACAUAUAAGACUCUUACAAAGAUCAAAUGACACUGAGCCUCAACCAUUUCCAUUGAUGGAGGAAAGUAUUAUGGAGGCAUGUAGCAUAUCUAUGAGCCUAGAUGCAUCAGAAGAUGAUCUAAACAUUGAUGGAUGGCCAAUUUCCAAGGUUGCAGUUUUUUUAGUAGACUUCAGGAAGGAGAAUUGCUUUUUGCAGUUUGGCUCCAUCACUGAGGGGGUCUGGUCAGUGAUUGAGAAAGAUGUGGAUGCGUCUAAUAACAGUUUGGAGGGUACCAUGGAUUCUGAUCAUGUAAACAAAAAGAAACGAAUUAUUAAAAAACCCUUGAAAGGUAAAUCGAGCAGCAAUGAAGGGUGCUUUCAGCAAUUUGCAUUUUCAGCUGUCAAGGAAGCAACAGGUAUUGAUCAAAGCGACCUUGUGGUUUUGGAAAGCCAUGUCACGUAUUCUACAAGUAAAGAAAAGACGGCUGCUUAUUUUUAUAUAAUGCAACUCACCAAAGCAGACAACAUCAUUGCUCUUCAAAUCCCGAUUAAGAAUACUAUCAAUAGCUUGCAGGGCCCUCUGGCCAUAAAGAGUUCAAGUUGGUGGACGCAUACCUCAGUUGUUGAAUACUUUCUUUUGCUUCCUUAUGCUGAGUUUCUGUCAGACUGGCUUUUGAGAGAAGGGCUUUCUGAUGGUGUGCAAGUCCCAAGAGUGGGAUUGGAAACCAUGAAUGUAAGCAGCUCUGAUAGGACUGAAAGACCUUGUGAAGCAGAAGUCUCAGAAAGAUUUCAUAAUCACGUAAAUGAUAGUGCCACAGAGCUUCUCGGCAGCGAGACCAUUACCCAAUCUUUGAAGCACAAUGACAAUAAUGGAUGUCUUGGCAGUGAGAUGAAUUCAUCAAAGCAGAAUGUCAAUGAUAGAUGUUGCAUGGUUGAUUUGUCUGGUGAUUGUGAUAGGCCUCAGAAGAUGGAUGUGGAUGAAUCUUAUGCGGCUAAUACCCAAAAUAAAUACAAAAGAAGAAAUUUUUCUGGCAAAGACCAGCCUCAAAAUUGCCAGAAGAAGACAAUUACUGCAGACAAGUGUUCAGAGGGCCUGGCAAGUAAGAAGAUGGAAACUGUGGAGAAGUGUUCAAAGGGCUCUGCAAGUGGUGAUAAGGUUAAGGUUGACAUGGUUGACCGGACAACAAUUCCGAAAAUUACUGGAUGCAUGGGUGUGGUUGUUGCCGAUGGAAACAAAAACUGCAACAAUAUUGUUUCUGAUCAAGAUAGGAUGCCUGUAACUGAUAAUGCUGUGGUUACUUGUCAAUCCAACUCCGAAAAUCUUGACAAAUUACGCACCAUCUUAGCUUCAAAGGAACUUUCAGAUGCUGCAUUGACAGUUGUUUUAAGCAAAAGGGAUAGAUUGUCUCUUCAGCAACGAGACAUUGAAGAUCAGAUUGCUCAGUGUGAUAAAGACAUUGAGACUAUUUUGAAGGGUGGUGAAGAGAAUUUGUCCCUGAAGAUAGAAUCCCUUAUAGAAGGUUGUAAUCUCGUAUCCCUGAGAAGUGUUUCUCGGGAAAGGACUUACGAGGACCAAUGCUCAUCUCCAUCUGUCCAGAGGAAGGGAUUGCCAGACACUAUGCCCAAUAUGAAAAACUCGUGCCAGGACUUGGAUGAUGUAUGUUACGAGAACAAAUGGAUUUUACCAACUUAUCAUGUGUCAGUUCUAGAUGGUGGAUUCCAAGCUGAUGUGACCGUGAAAGGAAAAGGUUUUGAGUGUACGAGCACAGGUGGCCUGAGUCCUUGCCCGCGUGAAGCGAGGAAAUCGGCUGCAAAACAGAUGUUGGCUGAACUGCAAGACAUGCCAAACAUCUCCUGGUAGCUCAAUAAUUUUACCAUCUAGUAGGCAAGCAAAUGCAUUUAGGCUUUGAGAAAGCCCUCCUGAGCUGCUUCUGUCCCGGGGCAAUUAGAUGGCCGGUAGCUUUUGCUAAUUUUGUGCUCCUCAUAGCCUGAACUUCUGGGGCCACUUAGAGAACUCCCAGAACUGAACUGGCUAAACCAUAGUUAAUGAAACUAAAGCAUCAUAUUUUGAGGGUUCUCUUGAUCCACAUGGUAAGUUGCAUUCAA